CAUGAUCAUGUUUACGUUAGCGUAUCCCGUCCGCCCAUGCCCGGAAGGAGUCAUUCUUCCGUUUUGUUCCACUAGGAUUAUGCGGGAAGUGAGUGAUUGACAAUGCAGAUGUUCUGUCCAUAAACUUCAUCUGGUAUGCAUACGUCGUGGAUUUCAGCGAAUCUGACUGGAAUUUGUUAGUUUCUUUAUCAUCUACAGCUGUCAGGCAUGCGGAGUAUCUUCUCGGGUCUGUCCAUUAUCCACAUCUCCUUCUCCACAUCAGAGCAAUUCGUUUCUAAAUAGCCAGGGAUAGGCUACAGCAUGUGAGUAUCCAAAUAUCUCUCUCUCUCUCUCUCUCUCUCUCUCUCUCUCUCUCUCUCUCUCUCUCUCUCUCUCUCUCUCUCUCUCUCUCUCUUGAACAGAUAAUGGAUGACAAUGUAACAACUCAAACUCCUGUUUUUCCCACUUCAUUAUUCAAGAGGGUAGAGAGAUAAGAUGGCCACCCCCUUUGUCCCAGUGCCUGUCCCCAUGGAACGGACCCCGUCCUGGCCCAAGAGGACCUCCCCAUUGGGAAUUAUCUCUAGUGCUGGCUUUUCCUCUCCUGGAAAGACCCCCUGGGUGAAGGCCACUGGGUCCUGGGGGGCCACAGUAGCCUGUCCGAUCCUCCCCCAGGCGUGUUCCAGCCCCGAGGGGUACAGGACAUCCAGAGGAGGGGAGCAGGGGUCAGUCCAGGAGGAUGGGACUCCAGGGGACAGUUGGGAGAGGCCCCUCACCCCGACCCUGCUGGGCUAUGAGGUCAUGGAGGAGAGGGCAAAGUUCACGGUAAGGAGUCACCCAUAGGAUUGAUUAAUUAUAGUUCUAUGAACACACCUUAUUUGAUUAAACUAGCCAUCAAGCCCUUGAUUGGUUGAAGCAGGUGGUACUUAGCUGGAACUAAAAAGCCUGCACACAUGAUGUCAGGGAACUUGGUUUAAAAAUUCCAUCCAAGUUUCAAGUUUCCAUCAGUUAUUAAAUGGUAGUUACUGUAGUAUGCAGCAUUUUGUUUGAAAGAGUUAUAGCUUUGUCACUGUUGGAGGCAAAUGUUUCAUCCCAUCUGGUUGAAUUCCAUACGAUUUUGUGACUGUUUGAAUGCCUCUAUCAUGUGUGCUCUCAUUGGUGGAAAAGGCUGAGCAAAUAAUAUGUGUGUGUGUGUGUGUGUGAUGAGCAUCUGUUGUUAAAUGGACAGAGAUAGACAACCAGUCACAAGGAAGUGACUAUGUGGAGUAUGAUUCAGUUAGGGAUGGUAGCUGUAUUUUAUUCUAACAACCACAAUCUCCUUUUUAGAUAUACAAUACCAGUCAAAAGUUUGGACACACCUACUCAUUCCAGGGGUUUUCUUUAUUUGUACUAUUUUCUACAUUGUAGAAUAAUAGUGAAGACAUCAAAACUAUGGAAUAACACAUAUGGAAUCAUGUAGUAACCAAAAAAGUGUUAAACAAAUCAAAAUAUAUUUUAUAUUUGAGAUUCUUCAAAGGAGCCACCCCUUUGCCUUGAUGACAGCUUUGCACACUCUUGGCAUUCUCUCAACCAGCUUCAUGAGGAAUGCUUUUCUAACUUUUGACUGGUACUGUAUAUAAAAAAAAAAAAGGCAUCAGAAACUGUGUUUUUAUGUGUAGUUGGCUUGGUUUUAAAACACACUCACUAAAAUAGUAUCUAAAGAUAAGUUGAGUACAGAGAUACACUAAGUGUCUGAUAAGAGUAUACCUUUAACACAACUGAACAAACAUUGGGUUAUGGCUGUGGUUAGUUACAUCCAUGUCUUUGUGUGUAUACAGCAGAGUUCCCCAACUGGCAGCCCGUGGGGCUUUAUUUAUUUUUAUUUGGCCCCCCCAAGUGUCUUUCUUUCUUUGUCUUUCUUUUAUUGUUGGACAUAAAAUACUGUAAAAACACCAGGAAAUCAUCUCUAAGUGAUUUUAAUUUAAGACAUCUGUUCCCAAGUAUUCCCACGCAUAAUAGAGAGACACGUGAUCGUAUACAAAUGUAAACAAGGUUUGAAGUUAUGUUUUAGUCACACAUUAUAUCUGUUUGGGCUUCUUGCGCUCAAUUUGCAGUCUAGUGGCCAUCUGCUCAAGAAAAAAUUGUCCCGCGGCUGUUGAUGACCCCUGGCAUACAGUAUAUGAUAGAAAAAUAACAUGGCCUAUUUUUUAUUGCAGGUGUAUAAAAUCUUGGUGAGAAGGAAUCAGGAAGAGAACUGGGUGAUCUUCAGAAGGUACACAGACUUCUCCAGACUCAAUGAUAAGGUGAGCUCCUUGCAGCAGACACCAUGGCUCAAUUCGGAAUAUUCCCUUCCCACUUCACCUUCUCCACUAGAUGGACUGGCCAUUCUAUUUCUAUGAGCGUGACUCUCUGUGACUCAUUUAAUUAUGCCAAAUCAAGGGCCAAAUUGAGGGAAACGGUGAGAUCAAACGAGGAGAUCAAUGACAUCAACUUGACACCCUCUAAUUUGAGGGAGCAAUUUAUGUGAAUAAAAUAUUUAACUGCUCUCUUUCUCUCUCUCUCUCUCCCCCUCCAUCUCUCUCUCAGCUAAAUGAGUUCUUUCCCAGGUUCAGACUAGCCCUGCCACCCAAGCGCUGGUUCAAAGAUAACUACGACAUGGAGUUUCUGGAGGAGAGACAGUUAGGCCUACAAGCCUUCCUACAGAACCUCAUAGCACACCGGGACAUCACCAACAGGUGGACUACAGUAUUUCCUCUUGACCUUUAUUUUAUCCAGGGUUGUCUCACAACAUGUCGUUUUCAAGAUAAAUCAAGUGUGUCGUUUGUGUGUGCAUGUGUGUUUGUGUUUGGUACUACCCUUGAGUGUAUCUGCAGUGAGUGCACAUAUCCUAAUUAUUUUGGAGGAUGUCCAUGUCAUCUUUCUGACCUUUGACCUUUCCCCCACAGUGAAGCGGUCAGACAGUUCCUUUGUUUGGAUGACCCGCCAGGCCCCUUUGACAGUCUGGAGGAGAGCAGGGUAAGCUGUCUCUACAGUACUUUUAAAAAUAUUAACCUUUUAAUAAUCCAGGUUAGUCUCAUUGAGAACAAAUGUAGUUUGCUAGAGAGAACUGAUCAAGAUAGCAGACCUACCAAAUACUUAGCUGGCUCCAUGCUAUGGUCUCAGAACCUCAAGACCACGAGGCUACCCAGCCAUGUAAAGCCAUGAAAAUAACACAAGUAGUAUGUUCACUAUAUCAAUGCAAUAUAGUUAACACAAAUAAUAUUCAGAAUGUAUGUGGCCCAAGUGGGAAUCAAACCCACUAGUCUUGCACAACCAUUGUGGGAGUUAUUGAAUUGAAUUGAACAAUUGUGAAUAAUUGAACAAUUGUGUGGCAAGCAGCAUACUUCAACCAACUGAGCCAUCAGAACUAGAGUCGUGGUCAUCAGGGCAUAUGACGGGAAAUGUUAUUAACGUUAAACAAAAAUGAGCUUUUCUUAUCGGACAAGUCUAGGUAGCUCCUCCGUGUUUUAUUCCACUUUCUUCCGUUUGGUGCCUCAUGAACACGAUACAGGUUCUGUUAUUGUGGUAAUCUUGCUGACAGGCCUUCUGUGAGACGCUGGAGGAGACCAACCACCGUCUCCAGAGGGACCUGUCGGAUAAACAGCGAGAGAUUGACUCUUUGAAAACAGCCCUGGACGAGAGACAGACCCACAUUGGAGUCCUGGAGAAGAGAGUGAAGUGAGGAUCUGUUCUUUCUCAGUGUCUGAAGACCGAGAAAUCAGGCAAUUGUGUGUUUGUGUGUCUGUUAAGGGUCCUGAGUUCUCGUGGAAGUAGCAAGAUGUACUCCCCAUCUCCCACAUGAUCUGACCACACGAUCCAGUUGUGUGUGUGUGUGUGUGUGUGUGUGUGUAUCUCCUGUCUGUGUGCUUUAAGAUGUAUGUAUUGUAUGUAUGUGUUUGUGUGUGUACAGUAUGUGUGUUAACAUGGUGUCCCUCUGUCUCAGUGGCGAGUUCCCCAGCCCAGAGGGCCUGACUCCGGAGAGCAGCAGGCUAUCAGCCCUAGGCAGUGAGAACAGCUCUGACACAGACACUGCCGCAGACAGACACAGAGACACAGACAGAGAGGCGGACGUAGACACAGACAGGGGAUCAUCCACUGCAGUGGAGGCUGACCAGGAGACAUGUCCUGAAAAAACAAGGUAUCUACCUGAUUGAUGUCUCAUGUGUCUUUAAACACACAUCCAUCUCUCCUGUCCACAGAGCUGAGCUUUUAGUAUUAGUUUUCUAUCAAAUACUUUAGCUAGGCUUUAUUGAGCUUGGCUGGCACAAGGGAACCAAUGGAAUAAUUCCAGAAGUACAAACCCAUCUGGUUGUCCAGGUAGUUAACCUACUUGUGCCAACCUGAGCUAGAUAUUGUACAGGUUAUCUGAUCUGUAAAUAAUCUUAAACUCCAAACAACUGGCUAUUAACAGAUCCAUAUGAUGUACAGAUCACUGUUUACCUCCUCUCAUGGAGACAUAAUAGGAUACUUAAUCUAUGCCUCUGUGCUUUGAGGUAACUGAUGUUUAAUUUGACCUCUGACCUUUCCCUCCACUCUGUCAAUCCAGCUCAGAAGUCCAACGGCCACUCAAGGGUCACAUGGCGUACUGGUCAUCUGCAGCCAUUGAUAGUUCACCAGAAGCUUUUAUAAAUUCAGCAACUCCAUAGAAUUGACGUGGAAUUCUGAAUUUGAUUCUGACCUGGGACCUGGAAGAGUAGAUGAUUCCAAGAUGGACUGAUGAUGAGCUACAAGUGUAUAGACUUUUCAUGCACAGAUUCUUGCUUGUAGUGACUGCAUUAAUGGGUGAUUGAAGUUAUCAUAUAAGGUGUGUGUGUGUG